AUGAAGUUUUCUGCUCAGGGUCUGCAGGAGCUGACUAACGACACGGAGAGGAACACCACCUCACCGGAGGACUGGACUCAGGUAACACCUCACACACACGCACACACACACACACAAUCUAAACACACACCUGGAGCUAAAUAACACACAGAAAAGGCUGAUUAAAAAAACUGCUGCUAAAAUACAACUGAAUGAAUCUGAGAGUGGUUGACCAAACCUGAGGAGGAGUUCUGAUGAUUGAAUGCUGUUAACUACCAAAAUAACACUCCUCCUUUGAGGAAUAAACCGGUUCUUUUCAUAUUUAUUGAGCCUUAAUCAUCUUUAUUGAGUCUUUCCUGUUUAAUGUUGUUUUAUGGGAACCUGAGAGUUUAAACACAAACAGUCUGUACAGAUCUUUAACAGACCAGGGUACUCGCUCAGUCCAGCUCGGACCACCCUUCCCUCUGGACCCCCAGUUUUCUGACCAUUGUCUACAGCGGCUACAAUACUCAGAGGGAAACAACAAUCUCACUCUAAAAUGUGUGAACUGUCCCUUUAAUUACCUCUGCUGCUGCUGUUCUUCUUCAGGUGGAUGAAAUGAGGCAGUUGAACCUGCAGCAGGUUUCACUCUCAUCUCUCUCUUUCUUGUUUCAGACCUGACUCAGUGGAUUUUUUCAGUUUUUCAACUUUCCCUCCAACAGCUGCUGCUCAGACCAAAGAGAGCUGCUCUCCUUUAUAUUUAGAUUUAUCAUCAACUCACUCCUGUACCAGCACCGUAUUCAUACACCACUGGAAAUAGUCCCUAAUGAAGUCACAGUGACACCCGUUAUUACCGUCAGUAUAGUGUUAACAAAUGAUUAACGUAGUUUCAUGUUGUCAUGCUAACCCAAACUGUUUCUACACCGCUCAGUGAACAGGUUUAUUUAAUUUUAACAUGGAGCUCUAUGGAGAGUGACUCACUGCAGGACACAGCCUCUAGUGGACACUGGAGGAACUGCUGUUUUUUAGGAAAAUGACCAUUACUUUGAAUUUCUGCUCUGAAGACGACAGUUUGAAGAGUAAAAACAAGAAAUACCAAAAUAAUUAAAAAUUUCUUACAGAACUUACAGACUCAGUUCUGACCUGGUUCUUUAGAUGGUCCUGUGAACAAAUGGACCUUCUGCAGAAAGAUGGUUUAAACUCGGUAUGUUAGAGCUCUGAGGAUCCACAGACGUGAAAAUCUAUUUUUUAUUUUGUAUACUUAUCCAAAUCAAUUUCAGCUUCCUACAUACACUUCCUCCUCCUCCUCUGUGUUUGACACCUCACUGUUCCUGACUUGCUCAUAUUUCUAUUUAAAUCAGAUUUGUGUGAAUAAAUGUUUUCUUUGCUCUCUCUUUAAACUUUCCCUUUUUUCACUUCCUGUUUAAGUUUGAGGCUUUAUUUUCUGUGUGGGCGGACCCUGACCCUGGGUCUGCUGUGUGUCUGCAGGUGUACGAGGCCAUCAGGUGGAUCCAGCUGGUCAUGGCUCUGCUCAGGUCAGUGAGUUCACCUCCAACACACACUCACUCGGUUUGUUUUCAGUUCCCAGUCCGAAUCCAGCAUCCCUGAUGGUCUGGGUACCACCAGAGUCCAUUUAAUGGGUAUCUUCUUGGUCUGUGAAGGCUCCAUAAAAGUAAUCUCACUUGUCCCUGAACUGUCCUGAGGUCUGAUGAAUCAAAAUCUAACAGCCGAAGGCGAAACGUCUCAAGUCCAGUUGUCCUUUUAACGAAGAACUGGAAAUCAUAGAUGCUGCAUCCUCAGUUUUAAGCAUAAUGCUGAACAAUAUCUACAGAUUUAGACUUUAAUAUUUCAGUAAGACAGUGACAAACCACAUUCUGACAACAUCAUGGCUCUGUAGGAGAAGAGUCCUGACUUCUGCUGUUUGUGUUUCUACAAACUCUCACCAAGAUCUUCAAGUGUCCUCUCUCUUUCCCUCUCCUUUCAGUGAAUGUCAGUGUUAUGUUUUAGACUUUCACUUUGGGUCACUUCCACUGUAAAGGUCAAAUAUGAAGGAGCUGAAAGGUCACAGUUGUCAGACACAGCUGUGACGAUGUGAUGAAAAUUCAGUUUCUUCCAGUUCUACUUUUGAAACUUUUUUUUUCGAGGACUUCUGCUCAUCAUGUUUGUCUGUGAGGUUUUAUUUAACACCGAUUCUGGUUCUGUUUCAGUGUUCUGGGUUCGGGCUCCAUCAUUGCCUCGCUGAUGUUACAGAGACUCCGACGCAAACCUGAGGUCAGUCACUGACUCGAAUCUUAGUUUCCUUUACUUCUUGUAUUUCUUUUUAAAAAUCGUGUCACUGAAACCAUCUGUGUGUGUGUUUGUACGUGUGUGUGUGCGCGUGUGUGUGUACAGCUGCAGCCCCUGUUUCUGCUCAGUGUGUCCGACCUUUUGCUCGCUGUCUGCUGGCUGAUCGGCGGCGCCCUCUUCUCCCAGCGCUGCAGCAGACUGAAUAGACACUGUUACCAUCUGCACACUGUGGAGCAGGUAAUGCAACAACACAGAGCUACACUGACACAUUCUCACACCCCACACACCAUACACCUUUAAAGCCCUAUAUAACAUAUUCAUCUGUGCAAAAAUAAUGCAGAGUGCCAACGUGUUGAUAUGCUGCAGAAAAUAGUCCCAACUUUCUCCCACUCUGUGUGUCAAGAAAAUUAUGCAGACUGGUCCUUUAAAGUCACAGAAAUGUUCCUCUAAGGUUUAUUUUACCAGAAUGUGACUGAGUUCAAAAACAACGAACUUUUUCUUUUUAAAUUGGUGCUUUUGAAAAUGGUAUUAAGACAAUGAGGCAAACAGGCUGAAACAGAAAGCUGCGGAGUCUUAACAACAACAAUAUUCAUAAAACUUCCUCUUCACAAACCUGCAUUUACCAAAAAUAGAGCGUUGGUUUGAUCCGAUUCUGAUAAAAGAUGAAAGUCAAACCUCUCUCAGUCAUCGGGAGGUUUAAACAGCAGAAGGUUCAAACAGCUCCAUAAUCAUUUACAGGAAACCCUUUACAGUUAUUUUCUCCUCACAAAGAAACAAACACAGAGCAGCAAAGACCCAGACUAGGGGUCCCGGGGACUCUCAGACAGACCUGUGGACCAUGACUUUGAAGAGACAUGGUGAAAUAAAGUCACACAAACAGAAAAUUAAGAGAUAAGAGUCUGCAGGUCUGAGUCUGGAGGGUCGACCUCUCGUACUGUUAUUUGAGACUUUAAAGGUGGGGUAGUCAGGAUCUGAGGAAGUUCCAGUUUUUAGGAGAAAUCUUGAACGUGAACUCUACCCCUCCCAACCAGUUUUCCCCUCAGCUCCUCCUCUCCCUCUCUGCUCCAGCAAGCCCCGCCCACAAACAGACGCUCCUGCUCGCUCGUAUCGUUCCAAUUAAAUUCAGAUAUAAUGCAGAUAAAUCCUUCAGAUGAUUACAAAUGGGGCCCAGUCAAGGUGAAAAUAAAAAGCAUUGGUGCUACUGUAGAUGCCAACAGACUAGCAGCAAACACAAUGUUUGUAGGACUUCUACAACUAGGAUAAAGUGACAAAGUCCAGGACCCAAGGUCAACAGUUUAGCGAUGGCGCUACAAUACGCUACAGCAGGUCCCGUUUGACAAGAAACACUUCUGUUACAGACACUUGGCUUACUUUGUUAAUGUGGUUUACCUGUCCAGCAGAAAGGUUACAGGGUCACCAAGAUCCCGAAGCGUCCCCCAUCAUUUAUGUUGACCCGGCUUUUUUGUAGCACGCUAACUUUGUUUGGACUCGUAAACGACACAGGGGAGCAGCGUCUGCCUCACAACCAAUCAAGUCAGGGAGGUGGAGAACGGCUUUGUUUACAGUCAGAAAGAGCAGACCGCUCAAAAAUUUUAAAUAUUGACUACACAGACAUAAGAGAACACAGAGAUAUAGUUAUAUUACCAAAUAUCAUCAAUAACUAACAACUAUUGACUGAUAUUAAAAGAACACCUACAACACCUUUAAGUCCCAGAGGUAGUCCAGACCACAUGAUGAAGUCUUACAGAUAUGAUGGUGUCUGCCCAUGAGGAGCAGGACUUUCAUUGGUAUUGUCUCUAGAUAAACCUCCCCACAGUCUUGUCAGCUGGUCCUGGACUCGUCCUGACUGGGGUUUCCCUCCUCUCACACGUCCCCUUUGGUCUGUGAGCUCAUUAGGCCAAAUGUGGAAACUUGCGCAGAUCCUCUCAUGGAGGAGAUCUUGUCUUUGUAUUUUGGGUCGCUUGUUCCCACCUGACCUGGUCCAGAAUGGACCCUGAUCUGGGUCAGUCUAGGAUGAAAUAGAGCAUCAGAAGCAGGACAGACCAGGGACUGGAAAAAGAGACAGAAGCCAGAAAAACACCACCAACAUUCCUGACCUACAUCCUUUGUUCAGAGGCCUGGACCUGCAGUUGGAGUCUGUUUGUCUUUUCAUGGAGGAAUGUUGACAUCCUGGAUGUCUGAGGACACAAACAAAGUCCAGAUCAAGAUGCUGGACCCUCUCAUCUACCUCUCAACAUUCACACUAAACCAGGAUCUCUGUCUGUGCUCUGUCAGGUUCUGUACAUGGCCUCCUUCUUCUACACUCUGAACUUUGUGUGGAACCUCUACACAGGAAUCCGAGAGAAACUCUACAGCUGUCUCAGCGGAUACUCAGCACAGGUACAGGUCUGAAGGUCUCAGACUUUAAUGAUCUCUGUCUAACUGUAUUUGUUCUCCUCUGAUAUCAAACUCGGCCUGAGAAGUUGUUCAUACAGCUCUGUUUCAAGGUUGACUUGUAGAUUUCAGAUUCAGAUAACUUUAUUAGUCCCUGAAGGUCAGUUCAUUUCACCGCCUUGUUGUUAAAUGAUCAGGAACAGACAAAUACUAGACAUUCACAUGGCCCAAACAUUCCCCUGUCAGCACCGCAAAUCAGUAAUUAAUAAAUAACUAGAUAAUAAAUACAUGUGCAAUACAUUCACAGAGGAAUGACUAUUGCAAUAAAAGAGUCAAAAGAGAGAGGGGGGGCAAAAGAGAAAAGUCUGUUGUGUCCAGGCUGGUCCAUGGUUCCUUUGGCUUUCUGGACCACUAGUUUCUCCCAGAGAGAGCUCAGGUCCAUCAGCUGGACAUCAGCAGACUUUUACGAUCUGAUUUUCUGUCCUUUUUACAGAUAAUCCAUGAAACCAGCAGAUAAAAGAGAACAUUAAAAGACUUUCAAUAAAAGAAUGAUAAAAAUAAGACAGGAUGUCCUUGGAAACACUAAAGGAUCUCAGUUUCUGCUACAAGUGAAUUCUUUGUUGACCUUUUUUAACUAUUGCCUCUGUGUUCUGGACGAACUUUAGGUCAGAGUCAAACAAAGUUCAGAGAUACGUGUAAGAGUCAACAACCUGUACAUCUUCACCAUGGAUGAUGCUAAACUCAGCGUCGUUUUCUCUCCAUCUCUGUGUUUGCUGAGACAUCAGUUUAAGUUUCUAGUUUCAGUAACCCCAAAAAAUGAUUCAUGUCUGUAAAAGGAUAGAAAACUAGAAGUGGGCGUGGCUUAAACCAGACGAUAACGGAGCAUACCUUCUUCACAGCAAAGAUCUGAGAGGACGUAUUUCCGUCUCCUUUAAAAGAAAAUUUUAAAUUCUUGUCAAAGAAGAGGAAGAAAACACCCAGAAACCUUGAAACCUCGUCUUUCAUUGAUUAUUUUUAUUAUCUGUAUUUGUCUUUAGAUUUCUAACAGGGUGAGCACAGCCAAUCAGAUCACUGUGCUGUGUUCAGGGUGAGUACAGUCAGCUGAUAAACAGACAUGUAUGUUUACGUGAAGGACUGCUGCAUGAACCCGCCCUCCUCCUCUGCUCCUCUGGUGUUAACAGGAUGUUCCCUGUUCUGUUGAUGAUGCCUGUUUCUGUACUAGACAACAUCAAUCAAUGUCAGGCCAACUUAAGCCAGCCCUACAGGUGAGUAGAAACAUACCUGAUCAAAUCCACGCACAGACACCGAGGUCUAACUCCUAGAUUCAGAAGCAGGUCAAACAUGGUCAAACAUUGGUGAUCUCUAGAGUCUAUAUAUUAAAGUCCUAAAAUUCGUAAAAUUAAAGUUCCUCUCCUCAUUAGUGUCCAAACAGAAGGUCAAAUGCUGACUCAUCAGCCACAGUUCUCCCCUCAGUCAUGAAUCAAAUCAAAUCUAAACUUCGACAUUUUUUGACCCCUUGUGUGCACUGUACCAAACCAGGUGUCUGUUGAUGCACACCGGAGCGCUGUAUUUUAACUCAGAGGAGCACCAGCCAAUCGGCAUCUGCAGACUGCUGCACAUCUCACGCAUCGCCAUCUUCCUCGCCAUCUUCUUCAUCACACUUCUGGGCAUCAUAGUGAGUAAUGUGGCGUGAAAGGACACGGCCAGCAAUUAUCAAAACCCUCAUUGAGGUUCCUGUAGUUUUAAGGGUUUUGUUAAAGAGUGUUCUUCUUUCUCACGUCAGGUGCUCGUGGUGAAAACCCGCCACAUUCACAGGCGGGUUGUGACGUCAAACGGUUACUUAGGCAACCAGCAGAGAGCAUCAUUUCGUGAGAUGGACGUGCGGAUGCUCCUGUACCCGCUGAUCUUCCUCUUUUGUUGGGGUCCAGGUGAGUCUCUUGAUCCUGAUACCUGAGGAACAGAGAGGUCAGGUUCUGGAGGGGCUGACGGUGUUUCUGGGUUUUUUUCACAGCCGUCACUCUGGCCUUUCUGCGGGUGGGGAGGUCAUCAGGGGGUCAGGGCGAGGCUGGGGUCGUCCUCUACAUUUUACAGGUCAGUCUGCAGGUGAAAACUUGACAAACUUUGCUUUAACUGCUCCACACUCAGACUCAGGCUCAGGUUUGUCCUUUGUCUCCCCCUCAGGCAUUCACCUCAGCCUCUCAGGGUUUCCUCAACAGUCUGGUCUACGGGUGGACUCGGGCUCGUCUCUGCCAAACCCGCCGCCGGCGGAGAGUUUUAUCUCGGGACGUGGACACCCAGACGCCACUGCUGAGGUCACAGAAGAAGAGGGGCUACCAAACCCUGCGCACCAUCGGCUGA